AUGCCCUUACCCGAAGGAGGAGCGUCUAACGGCGCCGGGGACUUGCAGGCAGUUCAUGCGAGCGUCGUAGGGGCCAGUGUUCUGGCUUUAGGAAAUAUGGUUCCUAUGUUCACGGGAGAUGACAAAGGCAUCAGAGCAAAAGAUUUCUUGCGCACAUUAGAGCAAGUAGGGGCCAUGGGCGGAUGGAAUGAUGUACAGCUCAUAGGUAUCGCAAGAUGCAAGAUGGUGGGUGAGGCUUAUGACUUUGCCUGGCGAGACAGGGACUUGGCCAAUGCAAAGACGUACGCAGAGUUUAAAACGUUAGUGCUGGCCCAAUAUGAUACCGACACUCGAAGCUCUAAAAUGGAACGGUUCAUGAAGGCGAAACAGUUAGAUGGAGAAGGAGUGAGGUCAUUUGCUAGCCGCCUCCGUGCACUUGGCUACGAUACAUUGGAUAAUUUUAGUGGAGAAGGCUCUGAACAGAAGAAUUCUGUGGCUCGAGAGUUGUUGGACGGUCAGUUACUCACGAGGUACUUAACAGGCUUGCAGGACCCUAUCAGACGAUUUGUGCUAUCACGCGACCCGUCUUCAUUUCGGGAAGCAAUAGAGGUGGCGGCAAAGGAAGAGAGAAAUGAGAAGAUGACAGUAGAACAACUGCCCGUACGGCCCGUUGUAACUAAUUCAGAACAGACGGAGGACAUGAAACACCGGCUAGAGCGGUUGGAGCGGAUGCUCGCAGAGUUGACCACCGAGAUGAGGCAGGACAGACAAACGGGGCCACGACAACAGACCAGUCGAGAGCGACGGUGCUUCAAUUGUGGAAACUUCGGCCACUUCGCUCGGGAGUGUCAGGACAGGCCUAGGAACUGGAUCAGCCGCAGACAGCAAAGUGGUGACGGCCCAGAUCGAACGCGACAACCGUCUCCCCAAACGAGGCACGUAUCAGGUACUAGUCCGGGAAACUAG